AUGCCAAGUUCCAAAAGUAACUUGAUGUCUUUGGAUGAAGAUGCUAUAAGUGACAUUUCAGACUUGAGUGAAAUGAAAAUUUCAGAUGAAAAAGAAUCUACUGAAAAGAGCACAAUGACUUUGAUUGAGAAGAAUGGCUAUCAUGACUUGAUAUACAUAAAUGCAGCAAAGAUUUUUCAAGGCAUUCAUAACAAAAAGCCUCAGGAUAGGAUAUUGGUGCAGUAUGGGGAUGACUCCGCAUCUCCCCUGCUAACUUUUAAAGAUGAAUAUUCCCAGCGUGUGUCUUACGAACUGGCUUACAGUGCUCUGAAAUAUCAAGAUCUUCUUGAAAAAAUACUGCUAGAUAGCUGCGUUUACCCGUGUCAGUCAAUACCAGAUGAAUUGACCAGCCUACUUGUAGUGAUGCUUUAUGACCUACAAGACCGAAAGUUUGAAGCCCGAGAGAUUGUUGAUGAGGAAGAACCUGUAGCAGAAGUUCGGAAAAUAGAGCAUUAUCUAUACAACUUUAAGACCAAAUUGGCAGCGGCACUAGCGAGAUGUCGAAUCAAACACGAUGCUCUUUCAAUUGAACACAUUCUACCAGAAACCGUACGGAAACAGGAGCAGAGGGCGUCAGCAUUACCUUUGUAUGCCUGGGUAAAUACAUUAAAAAUCGGCCUUCAGGAUGUUGCCAAGAGUUUGGAGACAAAGGGAUUCAAAAGAGUUGAAUCCGUGUCGGACUUGGACCAUUAUACUUACUGUAUUGACCACCAUUGCCAUGAUGUGUUGGUUUUUCCUUCCUCUCUUAAAGAAGAACUGCUUAAUUUAGAUCUUUUUGCAGAUUACAAACUCUUACUACAGGAUAAGUCUCGCAGCCUGGCUGUGCAUUCUGUGCAUGCUCUAUUGAAUGCAGAUGAUGACAUUGUAGUGGCUCACAUGGGUUCCCGUCUGACCAUUGCCCAUCUGUCAGUGCUGACAAAUCACAGCAUGGCCAGAAUCUUUGUCUGUGGUGUAAAAUCUCCAGCAAAAGACGCUGAACUGAAGAACUUGUUCAGGCAUGUGGGAUGUAAAAAUAUUCAGUUGUUACAUGAAGACUUUACUGAGAUUGGACCAACAGACCCGAGACUGCAAAAAGCAAAAGUUAUUCUGCUGCUGCCACAGUGUUCUGGAGUGGGUGUUGGCAAUCCAAUAGAAUUUAUUUUAAAUGAACAUGGAGAUGCAGGAUUGCUUAGAGACCUUUUCCAAGGAUCUGUAUCUGAGGACAAACUCACUAUUCUUGCUGAGAGGCAGCUUAAAGAGUUGAUGCAUGCAAUGAAAUUUAACAAAGCGCAAGCUAUUGUUUACUGCACUUCCUCAGUUUACCCAGAAGAAAAUGAAUUAGUAGUGAACAAAGCACUGGACUCUCAAGUGGAAGGAAAUAAAGUGCAACCAUAUAGGCUCACUCCUCCUGUUUUUCCUAUUUGCUCCAAUUCGAAGUCUUCCACUGAUUUUUUUUUCAAAAUGGAACCAUCAGAAAUUUCUAAUUGUUGCUUUUUAGCUAUUCUAGAAAGAGAGAAAGAUUCUUCUGAAAAAUUGUCUGUUCAAGACAUUUUGGCUCGUGCUGCAGCAAAAGGAUUACUAGAUGGAAUUGCUGUAGAAAAAUCAAAGAAAGAAGAGAAAAAGAAAAAGAAACCAAGAAUGACACAGCACACAAGUAGUAUCACAGGUUAUGGGGCAGAGACGAAGGCUGAAGAUCAGAUCCUUCAUCAGGAGCCUGUACCCAACCCUCCCGCCAAAGAGGCGGCGUGGAAGGCAGGAGGUAGCACCGAGCAGAAGGCCGUGAACGCAACGGGUGGCUCCGUUCAGCUGAGGAGAGGCCCCGUCCCCGCCUCCGACUCAGCCCUCCCCAAGGUUGGGAAGCGCCCGUCCAACGUGUCCGGCGUGUCCAACGUGCCGUGCGCUGGCAGGGUGUGCGAACGGCAGCCGCCCGCGAGGAGGGCGCGGGCAGAGGACAGGAUGGUUGUGCUGAAGCCUGUGGAAAUCGUCUUGCCCCCGGUGAUAGUCCCAUACUUAAGUCCCCAAGGAAGCCGAGCGGUGAUUCCAGCCCAUCACUGCUGGCAUGGCUGGAUUGGAGCCACGAGGCUGAGUCGGGGCCUGUUUCCAGCCCCUCUGCCUAAGGCGCUCAAACCUGCUGCGGGCAGGCAGCCUCGACCGUGGCUGUGA